ACCGAGGAGCCGUUCACGAACAGGGGUCGCAUCAGCACUCGAUGUCAACAACGGGUGGGGGGAAAACGCUGAGGUGUCCGCCGGUCGACUCCACUGGGCCUCCGGCCGUUUUUAAACAAAGGCGCGGCACUGGUCAGCAGCUGAGGGUAAAGAGGAGCUCUACGGGGACCAUGUUUCAGUAUGAUUUGUGGUCACACCGCAAGUAUCUACUCAAGUCAGGAAUUUGAAAAACAAAACAAAAGACAUUUGCACACGAAAGGAACACCACUUAUGCCCCCGAUGAACCGCCGCUGGCUUUAUCACAUGCGUGUCAGCGUUGGGGGUGACCGAUCUCCCGUAUGUUUCCGGUCGUGGUGUAGCCGCCGUGCGAACCGCCGCCGGGUGUCGCCGUCGGGUUUUAACUUCACUUCGCUCCCACCCACCACCAGGCGUGCGCGCAAACAAGCCGUCGGCGGAGGUGUCCUGUCCUCGACUGACGAGCGAAGUCCCUUCAUCAUGGCACUGGCUGGAGUGAGAGUUAUCGAGCUGGCGGGCCUGGCUCCAGCACCGUUCUGUGGCAUGAUCCUGGCAGACUUUGGAGCCAGGGUGAUCCGCGUGGACCGUACCAACGCUGCCGGGGCGCUGGACACACAAGCACGGGGUAAACGAUCUGUGGCCAUCAACCUGAAGACCACCGAGGGCAUAGCCGUGCUCAGGAAGCUCUGUGUCCGGUCUGAUGUGGUCCUCGAGCCCUAUCGUAAAGGUGUGAUGGAGAGGCUGGGCCUCGGCCCAAAGGAGCUGCUGAGGGAAAAUCCUCGCCUGAUCUACGCUCGGUUGACAGGGUACGGACAGAGCGGAUCUUACGCCACGGCAGCUGGACAUGACAUCAACUUCGUCGCCAUGUCAGGCCUUUUAUCCCGGCUGGGUCGUAGUGGAGAGAAGCCCUACGCUCCUCUGAAUCUGUUAGCAGACUUUGCAGGCGGCGGUCUUACCUGCGCCCUGGGGAUAGUCCUGGCUCUGCUGGAGAGGACAAAGUCAGGGAAAGGGCAAAUCAUCGAUUCAAGCAUGGUGGAAGGAGCUGCAUAUGUGGGUUCAUUUGUAUGGAAAUCUCGUAGUAUUGGCAUGUGGGACCGUUCUAGAGGAGAGAACAUGUUGGACAGCGGAGCGCCCUUCUACGAUACCUACCAGACUUCAGACGGAAAGUACAUGGCCGUGGGUGCCGUAGAGCCGCAGUUCUACAAAGAGCUACUCAAGGGCUUAGAGUUGGACGCUGGGGAGCUGCCACCUCAAAUGAGCAUCAAUGAUUGGUCAGAGCUUAAACGUGUAUUCACAGAGCGUUUUGCUUCAAAGACCCAGGUGGAGUGGUCAAGGAUUUUCGAUGGGACUGAUGCCUGUGUGACACCGGUGUUGUCUUUCGACCAGGUGAGCUCACACCCACAUAACCAGGAAAGAGCUUCUUUCAUGAAGGACUCCAGUGGGGAAGAAAGCCCCCGGCCGGCCCCGGUUCUCUCUCGGACUCCGGCAGAGCCUUGCCUCACCUCUGACCCUGUUGUUGGAGAACACACGGUCAAGGUCCUAGAGGAGUACAGCUUUACAAAAGCAGAGAUAGACCAGAUGCUAGCAGCAGGGGUCAUACAGUGCAAUGCUGCCAAGGCAAAGUUGUAGAGUAGCACAAGUCUAAGGUUUUCAUCUUUUAGUUUUAAGAUAAUGGGCAGACUAUAAGGAAGACAUGGACCUUAAUAAGACCAAUGUUGUGCUGUGGACAACAAUAGAUAUAAAGAUAUUGAUUUUGGAUGAAAAACAAAAUAAGAUGAGUCCAACUGAACUUUGACUAAUUUAAAACCUGCCAUCCAAACCAUGUCGAACACAACUGUUUUGAGAAUCAAAUAACAAGGGAAAGAAGGAAAAGGAAAAACGUCUUUUCUUCUCAUAAGCUAGACAUUCAAACUGAGAAGUCAUAUGGUGAGAAAGCAUGAAAUACUUCUCCAUUUCACCCAUUCAUUCUCUCAGGCUCGAGAAACCUGAUGUAUUCAUGAUGUUGGAGUUUAAAUAUCCCACCCACUUCUAGUGUAGGCGUGUCUUGAAUGGACAAGGUGAAAGGCCAUCCUGUGCGCUUUCAUGGUACAUAUAGUUUGAGGUUGGUCAGUUGGUCAUACUUAUCCAUUUGAGUAUCUGCCUUCUCUUCUUUAGUGCCACUGCUGCCCUCUGAGUGUUAAAGUUUAAGAGUGGAAAACAGUCUUAGGAAGCUCUGCUACUCCUCAAAUCCCUCAGUACCGAUGUGUGCUGUGUUUUCCAUCUCAGAGUCAAUCUGUUUUUUGUGUACACAGGUUGAUAGAUCAGCAAAAAUAUUAUAUAAAUAGACGAGAUUCUAAGUUUGGGAUCCUAAUGCCUGAUGUCCACUGGCUCCAACUGUGUUGCAUUCCAGUUGCACAUGUGGCUCAGUCAGGGAUUCGCCACUAAAAUCCUGAUUUUUAUAACCUCAACAUUGUCUGACAAAAUCACCAUACACAGGGGUUAAGACAACAGCUGUGCUGUGAUUUCGGCUAUAUACUUGUA